UUGAUCAAUCACAGACUAACCUCUUUUAUUAGAUUUUGAGAAAAUUUUCAAAUCAAAUUCAGAUAUUCGAUUUCAAUAGACCUCGAUUCUGUUACCCAAAGUCCCAAAAAGAUUUCCUACAAUGGCAUCUACUAACAAAUUCAAACAAAUGGCCAAAUUAUGCGGACUAGGUUUUGGGGUUUUCUCAGCAAUAUGCAUUUAUAAAGAAGACACACAAUUUUACAAAAAGUUCAUUAUGCCUGCAGUUCAUCUUCUUGACCCCGAGCAGGCUCACCGAUUCUCUGUUAUGAUAAACAAAUACAGGCUUCUGCCUAAAAGUAAAUACAGUGAUCCACAGUCACUGAAAGUACAAGCUUUCGGUAGAAUAUUCAGUAAUCCUGUUGGUAUUGCCGCUGGUUAUGAUAAAAAUGCGGAAGCUAUUCUUGGCCUUAAAGAUAUGGGUUUCGGCUUCGUAGAAAUUGGUUCUGUGACUCCCCUACCUCAAGAGGGAAACGAGAAACCACGAGUAUUCCGUUUGAAAAACGAUAAAGCCGUUAUAAAUAGAUACGGUUUUAACAGCGAUGGUCAUGAAAAAGUUUUACAGCGUAUUUAUGAAUUGAGGGAAAGUAAUUUUGAUGGGAUAAUAGGAAUAAAUUUAGGUAAAAACAAAACUUCUCCCAAUCCUAUUGGAGAUUAUGUGAAAGGAAUAAUCAGAUUUGGUCCUGUUGCUGAUUAUAUCGUUAUAAAUAUUAGCAGUCCCAAUACACCUGGAUUAAGAAAUAUGCAAGGCAAAAAAGAAUUGCAUGAUCUUCUUGUUCCUGUAGUUGAAGCAGUUAGGAAAGUUCCUAACAGACCCGCUCUACUUCUGAAAUUAGCUCCUGAUUUGAGCUACGAAGAAAGAAAAGAUGUAGCUGAAGUAAUCAGUAAAAAGGAAUGUAGGGUAGACGGUCUUAUAGUCUCAAAUACAACCAUUUCUAGACCAGAUACUUUAAAUUGUAAAGAAGAAGCCAAGCAGACCGGCGGCUUAAGUGGCAAGCCUUUGAAAGAAUUAUCAACAGAGAUGGUAGCCGAUAUGUAUAAAUUAACGAAAGGAAUGCCCAUAAUUGGUGUGGGUGGAAUAUCUUCGGGUCAAGAUGCUUAUGAGAAAAUAAAGGCUGGUGCGACUGUUGUGCAAAUCUACACAGCUUUAGUUUAUGAAGGCCCUACUCUAGUUAGUGAAAUUAAAAAGGAGCUCGUCAGUUUAUUGGCUAAGGAUGGGUAUAAAACAAUUGGAGAAGCAGUAGGGAAGUCUAGCUCAAGUUAAAAGCAUUUUUCUAUCAUUAUAAGUUAUCAGUCUACCUCUGUGAAUAAAAUAUAUAUUUUUUAAUUAA